UUACGCAACGUCCAAAUCACCAAAACAUGGCCCCGACGCAGUAUACGAAGAUCACUCUCGCCGAGAGACCCAGAGAAGGUGUCACUGACACAACCUUCAAGCGGGAGGUUGUGCCGUUCGACCUUACGCCGGGCCAGGGCCAGAUCCUCGUCAAGGCCCUUUAUGCAUCCAUUGACCCCGCCAUGCGUGGGUGGCUUAACGACACACGAAGCUACUUGCCCCCGGUGAAGAUUGGAGAGGUUAUGCGCGCGCUCGUGCUCGGAGAGGUCGUCGAGACUGGGCCGGGUAGCAAGUUCACGAAGGGCGACAUUGUCAGCGGGGUGUUCGGCUGGACUGAAUACGGAGUACACAACGACAGUGCGGCGGAGAAGAUACAGACUCAGCCCGGUACUGAGUAUCUCGAUUAUCUGGGCCCUCUCGGAAUGACUGGCUUGACCGCAUACUUCGGUCUCCUUGAUGUGGGAAAAAUCAAGGCGGGUGAGACGCUCGUCGUGUCUGGCGCUGCGGGCGCAACGGGCUCGGUUGUUUGUCAAAUUGGCAAGAAGCUAGGCGCGAAGGUGUACGCGAUCGCCGGGUCACAGGAUAAGUGCGACUGGCUCGAGAAGGACCUUGGUGUGGAGAAAGCAUUCAACUACAAGAGUCCGACGUUCCACGCGGAUUUCCGUCAAGCCGUCGGCUACCUGGACGUUUACUUCGACAAUGUCGGCGGCGAUAUGCUCAACUUCAUGCUGACGAGGCUGAAGAUGAAGGCUCGUAUUGUGCUCUGCGGUGCUAUUUCUGACUACAAUACAUCUAAGCCAAAAGGCUUGUCGUCGUACACGAACUUGAUCUCGCAAAGGGCAAAGAUCGAGGGCUUCGUUGUCUUCGAUUAUGCUAAGCGCUAUCCGGAGGCGCUGCGUGAUCUCUCCGCUUGGGCGAAGGACGGGAGCUUGAAGAGACGAUUCCACGUCGUGAAAGGCUUGGAGAACGCGCCGGAGGCGUUGAAGAUUCUCUUCUCCGGUGGUAACACCGGAAAACUUGUUCUACAAAUCGCGGAUACGAAGUCCAGCUUGUAAAGUUUACAAGGUUGGGUUUGGAGACCGAGCGCAGUGCGCACAAGCUGUUGCGAGGUAGUUCUCUGUUCUUUUGGCUGUAACAUUGUACCGGAUAGGUGGCUUCCAAUGACGCAUAAUCAGGGCAAUCGUAAUGCUUUAUGCUGUUCCUUGCCCUGGCGUUACGUCGCUCAGACAUGCUGCCAUAACGGUGCUUUCUGCAAGGCUUAUGCAUGGCGAACUCACCUUUGGCUCGAUUUUCAUAAUAUGAAUGAGCGGUCUAACAU